UAUUUUAUCAGUUCAUGCAUAUUUCUUUUUUUUUUUUGUGUGUGGGGUAAUUAGCAAGGAUAGUUUUUGUUGAAAUUCGAGGCUUUUUGUUAUGUGAUCAUUUUUCUUCCAUAAAUUGUGCGAAGGAAACAACUUUGUGAUCGGUAUAAGACCUAGGAGGAAUGGCAAAGAGUUACUUCAAGCAAGAGCACGAUCUUGAGAAGAGAAGGGCAGAGGCUGCUAGGAUUAGGCAGAAAUACCCUGAUAGAAUCCCGGUGAUUGUGGAGAAGGCAGAGAGAAGUGAUAUACCAACCAUAGACAAGAAAAAGUACCUUGUCCCAGCUGACUUGACUGUUGGACAGUUGGUAUAUGUCAUCCGUAAAAGGAUCAAACUGAGUGCAGAAAAAGCAAUAUUCAUAUUUGUGGACAGUGUACUCCCAUCAACUGGUACCAUUAUGUCUGCCAUAUACGAGGAGAAGAAGGAUGAAGAUGGAUUUCUUUAUGUUACUUACAGUGGGGAGAACACAUUUGGGGACAUAUUUCUCGGUAGCCAUUCAUAGAUUCAUUCGGACGUCGCUUUUAUCUUUUCCUCGUAUCACCGUACCAAUGUAUUGUCUCUAGCAUUACCAUUUCCAUUGGCUUGUGGUGGUAAUUUCGUUAUUGCUAGUAUUAUUUAAUUACCUGAAAAUGAAAUGGUGUACAAUUGAAUAUUGUAUAUAAAUUUUAAGAUUUCCCCCCAAUGCUAAAGUACUUUGUUUUAUCA